AUGAGUGUCGCGGGUGGCUGGGUCCGGCCCCCCUGUCAUGGCGGUCGCGGCGCGCUGCCGGUUGCCGGGUCUAGUGGACGUGGGAAGCGCCGCCGUGCGCUGGCGGCCACCGUGGGCCCUCACCGCGGGGUGUCGAAAGAAAUCAACCCAAUUCUUAAAUCGUCCUGACCUUCCUAAAUUAGCAUACAUGAGACUAAAAGGCAGAAAUCCAGGAGUCCUUUACUUACCUGGUUUUGCAGCUACCAUGAAGACAGAUAAAGCGUUGGCAGUUGAAGAUUUCUGCAAAUCACUUGGCCAUUCGUUUGUAAGGUUUGAUUAUUCAGGAUGUGGUGCAUCUGGUGGAAACUUCAGUGAGUGUACAGUAAGCAGUUGGAAGAAGGAUGUUUUGGCCAUAUUCGAUCAGCUCACAGAAGGACCACAAAUUCUGGUGGGUUCCAGUAUGGGAGGAUGGCUGAUGAUCCUUGCUGCAAUAGCACGGCCAGAGAGGGUUGCUGCACUCGUUGGCAUAGCUGCAGGAGCUGAUUAUUUGGUGACUGCUUUCGGGCAGCUUCCUUUGGAGACAAAGAAAGAAAUAGAAGAAAAGGGUGAAUGGUAUUUGCCGAACAAGCAAAUGGAAGACGGAUUUUACAAGAUUCCUUACUCAUUUAUUAAAGAUGCUCAAAAUCACUGUGUACUGCACACCACCAUUCCAAUUACUUGUCCGUUGAGGCUCAUCCAUGGCAUGAAGGACGAGCAUAUUCCCUGGCAGGUCUCGCUGAAAAUAGCUGAAAAUGUUCUUGGAUCUGAUGUUGACCUUAUACUUCGCAAACAGAGCAAGCAUAAAAUGAUUGAGAAAGAUGAUGUGAAAUUAAUCAUUUACACAAUUGAUGAUCUCAUAGACAAACUUUCAACACUGGAAUAAUUGUAGUUAGAAAGUAUAUAUAUAUAUAUAUGUGUGUGUGGGUGUAUGUGUAUAUUUUAUAUAUUAUAUAAAGAUAUAUACACACACAGACGCUCCCCGACUUGCAUAAGAUUUAUGUUCCGUAAACCAUAUGUUAGUCAGAGUUUAUGCAAGCCAGCAUUAUGCAAAUGCUUGUUAAUACGCAAAAUGACACAAAGUGCUGGAGUAACUCAGCAGAUCGGGCAGCAUCUCUGGAGAAUGUGGCUAGAUGGCAUUUCGGGUCCGGCGGCUUUUUCAGACUGUUAUUCAGGCACUUUGUGUCAUUUCACCUUAAAACUAGAUGCCGAUGCCGUUGUUCUGCACCAGUGACCCCUUCGUCACCGGCUGCUGCACCGUCCAGUUGACAUGCUUGUUGUUGCGGCUCGCAUUGCAGCUGCUAGCCGACACAUUUUCCUCAGCCCACUGCUGCUGAUAGGACGCGCACAUUCACCUCCCUCCCCUCUCGCCAUCUGCCGUUCUUCCUAUCGGCGGUCACUUUGUCCGUUUCCCCUUCCGCCGCCUCCUCCCGUCGAUUUGUCCACUGGGCUGCUCAACGCUCCACUACCACCUCCUCCCCCUCCUCAAGAUGGAAGGUGUCGCUGACUCCGGGGAGAAGGAGGGAGAGGCAGUGGUCACAGUGACGGCUGACAGGAAGAGGAGACAUCUGUUGAGAGGAGAGAGUCCUGCAUUGACUGAGUGCAUCCUGUUCGUGGCGGCGUCCUGAAGAAAUACUGUUGGCCAGGAGAUACAACGUGAGCCACAACAACAGCCGUGUCAACCCGACGGUGCGGCAGCUGGUGUAGUGGUCGCUGGUGCACUUUCUGAAAAACUUUGGCGACUCGGGCGGGGAUUGCUAUCCAUCACGUCCCUCGUCCUCACUUGCCUACCCAGUGUCCAACCAAAGUGAGCCAGGGGACGCUUUUAUAUAUGUGAAGCUGACGGGAAGAUCUCGCCAUCUCCUGUUGCAUUAACACAAGUCAUUCAGAAAAUAGGACUACAUAUUGUGAAUUUGUUUACAUGUACUAUUAUGUACAUGUACAUAAUUCGUCUAUUACGUAAGUCGGGGUGUGCCUGUAUAUAUAAUUAGCAGUUCACUCAACUAAUGGAAAUUGUUUUUGAUGUCAAUUCUGUGAUGUCUAUAAACUGCACAGACUUAUUUGGAACUGGUCCCAAUAGAUACCUGAAAUAGAAAAUAUUAUUUGGAUAAAAAAAGAUAAAAGUCAGGAUGUCGUGACUGUUGAUUGAUGUUCUGUAAAUGCAACAUGGUUUGAGGUAUAAGCUGUAUAAUGUUGUGCAAUUAGUAAUGUUAAUAGCUCAACAUACUUAUUGCAUCGCAAGGCUAAUGAAUGCAUCCUGACAUUUUCCCUUCACCUGGUUAUUUAAAUAAAAUCAACUAUGAAACUGA